CUUUUAUUAGUUGUACAAGAUUAGAAGUGAACGUCACAGAUUUAUUUCCAUUUUAUCGAUAAAUUCAUUCAUUCAUUCAUUCUUCUUCUCUCAAAAUUCUCUUUAUCCUUCCACUCUUUCACCAAUGGCUGUGGCUAUGGCUGCUUGUAGUCUUGGACUUCACCUCACUCCUGAUAAUAACAAUAAUAAUUGCUUUGCCCCUAUCUUGAAGACCACUUCGUUUUAUGAUACUAAUAAACCAUGUCUCACUCUUCACAAAACAAGAUUAUCAUCUUCAGCAAUUACAGUCAUCCCUCGAGCAACGGCUGUUUCUAAUGUCGAGGAUGGAAAUCAAAGUGUGGCUGAUAUUGUCCCAACUCCUGUUGUUAUAAUUGAUCAAGACUCUGAUCCGGACGCAACUGUCGUUGAGAUUACCUUUGGAGAUCGCCUUGGCGCUCUUCUCGACACGAUGAAUGCAUUGAAAAACUUGGGACUGAAUGUUGUUAAGGCAAAUGUGUACCUUGAUUCCUCUGGCAAGCACAACAAGUUUUCAAUCACAAAAGCUGAUACAGGUAGGAAAGUGGAAGAUCCAGAGUUGUUAGAAGCAAUCCGUUUGACGAUUUUAAAUAACAUGAUCACGUAUCACCCGGAAUCAAGUGAGCAAUUGGCUCUAGGAGCAGCUUUUGGACUCGUGCCUCCAAAGGAACAGGUUGAUGUGGACAUAGCAACUCACUUAACAGUCACUGAUGACGGUCUAGAGAGAAGUUUGUUCUAUGUGGAGACAGCAGAUCGGCCUGGAUUAUUGGUUGAUCUUGUAAAGGGUAUUACUGACAUUAACAUUGCUGUUGAAUCUGGAGAAUUCGACACUGAGGGUCUGUUGGCUAAGGCAAAGUUUCAUGUCAGCUAUAACGGUAAAGCCAUCAUCAAGCCUCUUCAACAGGUUCUUGUUAACAGCUUGAGAUACUUCUUGACACGGCCUUCAACUGAGGAAUCCAGUUUUUGAGUGGCACAAUUGUCAUACCCAAUUGCAACAUAUUUUAUUGCUGUGUUGCAUACUAUUUAUUGCAUUUGAAUAUUUCAUACAAAUAAUGAAAAUACAAUAAAUAAAAUAUAGAAAAUGGUAGUUUUAUUAA